AUGGGUCUGCUAAGUUCCAAACACUGCAGAGUCAAACCAGCUAAGAUAUUAAUGCUGGGACUCGAUUCAGCUGGGAAAUCUACACUAUUGUACAAGUUAAAGUUUAAUGAUGUUUUCCUAACACUCCCAACAAUCGGUUUUAACGUGGAAAUGAUUGAAACAGGGCAAAAUAUUGCUAUAACAAUCUGGGAUGUUGGAGGGCAACAUAAAAUGAGGACAUUUUGGUGCAAUUACUUUGAAAAUGCCGAUGGCCUAGUGUACGUUGUGGACAGCACUGAUAAGCAACGUCUGGAAGAUUCAAAGAAAGAAUUUGAACUCAUCUUAAAGAAUGAAUUUGUAAAGAAUGUGCCUGUUGUUUUGCUAGCUAACAAGCAGGAUCUUCCUGGAGCUUUGAACGCUGAGGAAAUAACCAGGAAAUUCAACAUGCAGAAACAUUGCAGUGAUCGAAAUUGGUAUGUACAGCCUUGUUGUGCCAUCACUGGGGAAGGUCUGCCAGAAGCAUUCCAAAGAAUAACAGCAUUUGCAAAAAACUGGAAAAAAUCCAAAGAAGCUUUUACAAUUUUCAAGCAAGAUGAAAAGUUGUAAGAGUCUUCAUUAUACCAUCUGGGGAAAGCUAUCAUGGAGAGUUAAUUAUGGGAAUUAAAUCUGCAUAUUGGAAGAUUUGACUCUGCAGGACUUUUAAAAGACUAUUAUAUAGCAAAAUGUAGUCAGAGCAAGCUAAAUUACUAUGUUGUUACAUUUGCAUACUUUUCAGAGCUACUGUUUAACAGCAUUUUAAUUAAAUGACAUAUUUGUAGCCUAAGUCCAGAUAUUUGGCUAUGUUAAACUGCAUGAUGUAAUACUAAAAAGGUGCAUUUAAACAUUUUAAAUGUUCUACAGUCAUUUUAUUUAUGCUUGUUUAAUUACACAAAAUUUACAAGAGCUGUGAUAACUGGAUCAUUGAGCAAGCAAAGGAAAAGUAAAAAAAACAAUAUUUCAUAUUACAUAACAUACUGUAUUUGUAAGUGCUUUGUGAAUAUGUUUAUU